AUAAUCAGAUGUUUUGUAACUUAUGUUCUAGUAGUAAAAAUAUUCGAAAAAUAUUAUUAAUAAGAAAUAUAAUUUACAAUGAUAAAGUUGAAUUCAACUUUAUUUAGAAUUAAGAGUAUAAAAUAUACUGCACAGCUUUCACGUUUCCUGUCCACAGAUUUUAAAGAAAAUACCAAAUUAAGUCUGCGCCAGAAAUCAUGGAUGGAUUCCCAACAAAGAUAUGAAAACCAUCAGCACAUUUUUUACAGUUCUCAUUUAGAGCUACAAGAUGAAUACAUGAGUUACGGACUAAAAAGAUCUAUACAAAAUAAAAUCAAAAAGGAUUUAAAACGGUACCGUAAAGAACAAAAAACAUUAAAUCGCUAUGGUUCAGAUGUACCUGAAGAUUGGAUGGAUGAUUAUGAGUACUACAAUGAAACAAAUGGCGAGAAUGGAUCAUUGCAGGAAAAUAAGUAUGGAACUGCUGAUCCGAAUAUACCUGCUUCAAUUGUACCAUGUAAUGGUUGUGGUGCCAUUUUACAUUGUAAACACCAGACAAGUCCAGGAUUCCUUCCAACCGAAAUAUUUAAGGGACGGACCGAAAAUGAGCUUAAAAGUCUAACUUGUCAACGAUGUCAUUUUCUAAAAAACUAUAACAUAGCUUUAGAUAUCGAAGUCACACCAGAAUCUUAUAUCGAAACUAUAUCAAGUAUUAAAGAUAAAUACGCUUUGGCUAUUGUUAUGGUUGAUCUACUAGAUUUUCCCUGUUCAAUAUGGCCUGGAGUACAUGAAUUAUUGGGAUCAAAAAGACCUGUUAUUAUUGUUGGCAAUAAAGUAGAUCUCUUGCCACGGGAUAGUAACAGCUAUUUGGAUCAUAUAAAACAAUGUUUGACUGAGGAAAUUCUUAAAUCGGGCUUCGAUCGAUUGAAUGUGAAAUAUGUGAGUUUGAUUUCGGCAAAAACUGGUUACGGAAUUGAAGAACUUAUUACACAAUUGCAAAAAAUAUGGGCGUAUAAGGGAGAUGUUUAUUUGUUGGGUUGUACAAAUGUGGGCAAAAGUUCAUUAUUUAAUGUUCUUUUAAAUUCGGAUUACUGUCGACCGGAAACAUCAGAUUUAAUACGAAAAGCUACUACCUGUCCAUGGCCUGGAACAACACUUAAAAUGCUCAAGUUUCCCAUAUUCAGACCAUCGGAAAUUCGAAUCUAUGAACGCUUUAAAAGACUGAAGUCAGAAAAGUUUCUAAAAGCCGAAGAAGAAAAACUCCGCAUAGAAAGUGCUCGUAAAACUGGAAACAUAUCUGAUGCAGUACCAGUAGGCACAAUUGGACGUACAUUCAUAAAAAAUAUUGAUGAUGUAGAUGAUGCCUUUGCUAUGAGUAAGGGAACUCAACCGAUAACAACAUUCAACGAGAGAAGUAAAGAAUAUCAAAAGUCGCGGUGGGUCUAUGAUACACCAGGUGUUUUACAUCCUGAACAAAUAACCAACUUGUUAACACCACAAGAGUUGGGAGAAUUACAACCCAAGCAAAUGAUUUCUCCUCGAUCUUAUCGUCUAAAACUGGGAAUGAGUUUAUUUGUAGGCGGCUUAGGACGACUAGACUUUAUUAAGAGCGAUUCAAAAGAUUUGGAUUGGGUACAAAUAUUUUUAUUUGCUUCAUUUGAUCUUCCAACAAUGAUUGUUGAAACCGAACAUGCUUUGGAAAUUUAUAAGAACUACUUAAAUACUCCACUAAUGAAAGUACCGAUGGGUGAUGAGGAGCGCCUACGAAAAUGGCCAGGCUUGCAGUGUUGCACAGAAGACUUAAUUGUAAAAGGAUACGUUUUAAAGAGUAAAACUAAAGAACUUAAUUGUUCAGGAGACAUUAUUCUCUCGUCAUCUGGUUGGGUUGGUGUACGCGCUCCGAUAGAUGUUCAUUGCAUUUUUCGUGCUUGGACACCACAUGCAAGAGGUAUAUUCUUAAGAACACCGUCCCUUGUUCCCUAUGCCGAACGUAUAAUUGGAAAAAGAAUAAGAAAUUCUUUAGCGUAUAAUACAACGAAGCCGUUUGUUUUUAAAAAAUGAUAUCCGUUUUUUAGCACAAUAAAAAAUGUAUAUUUACAUAUGUAA